CACAACCCAACUCUGCUUAUAAACGCCAAAGACAGGGAUGCAGGAUCCACUCUGAGAAACACAGGCAGAGAGGGGCAGGGAAGUGCAGCAGAGAGAAUGGGCCUACUAAUGCACACUCUUUAACAUCAGGGUGUGUGCAAGAAAACGAAGGCAAGUUAAAUCAUGGGUGGUCUGUUUUUACCUCCUUUAUUUUCUACCUGAUGCCAAACAUUCAAACUGGAACAGAGAGCAGGUUAUAGUAUAUGAUGGCCAGCCAUCGUCCUGCUAACCACUACUGUGUGUCUAGACCUGUCUACUCCAAACGAGCUUUUGACGAGGAUAAUGACAGGCAAAUCCCAGAGAGCAGGAGCUUCAGGGAGAAGCUCAGUGCUUCUUCUAAGUGCUCUAGUAGCCGGGCCAAACAAGUUCUUAAAGGACUUUUCCCAAUCUUGGACUGGCUGCUUCAGUAUCCAACCAAGCAGUGGCUUCCCAGUGAUGUUAUAUCUGGAGUCAGCACUGGACUGGUAUGCUGUUUACAAGGCUUGGCUUAUGCACUGCUGGUCUCUGUUGGUCCAGUGUAUGGACUCUAUGCUGCUUUCUUCCCCAUUCUCACCUACUUUUUUCUCGGCACCUCAAGACACCUCUCUGUGGGUCCGUUUCCAGUUACUUGUCUGAUGGUGGGGUCUGUUGUUUUGACUCUUGCUCCUGAUGAGGACUUUAUGCGUCCUGGGAAUGAGAGUAUGGUGAAUGGGACAUUGCUGGAAUCAGAAUCAAUGGAGGUGGAUAUUAGUGCAAGGGAAGCCCAAAGAAUUGUAGUAGCCUCCACUAUGACUGUAUUGAUUGGAUUGUUUCAGUUGGGAAUGGGAGUGUUCCAUGUGGGAUUCCUGGUGCGGUACCUGUCUGACCCACUUGUAGGAGGCUUCACCACAGCAGCUGCUGUCCAUGUGCUCAUCUCUCAGCUCAAAAUGGUCCUGUCUGUCCCCACCCACAGCCAUAAUGGCUUCUUCUCUCUUGCCUAUGUUCUCAGUGAUGUUUUUCGAAAUAUUAAGCAAACCAACGUGGCUGACCUGGUUGCUGGGUUACUGACCAUAGUCACAGUGAUGGCAGUAAAAGAGAUCAAUGCCAAAUUUCAACAUAAGAUUCCAGUUCCAAUCCCCAUUGAAGUGAUUGUGACAGUGGUUGCUACAGGGAUCUCCUAUGCAGUGGACCUGAAUUCCCGCUAUGGCGCCAGCAUUGUUCACAGCAUCCCAAGAGGAUUUGUUCCAGCCCAAUUUCCAAACAUAGAGCUUUUUGGAGAAAUUCUAGGUUCCAGUUUUUCAACAGCAGUCGUGGGAUAUGCAGUAUCAGUAUCGGUGGCUAAAGUCUAUGCAGCAAAGCACGACUACAAAAUCGAUGGUAAUCAGGAGCUGAUAGCUUUCGGCAUUAGUAAUAUCUUCUGUGGCUGUUUCUCAGGCUUUGUGGCCACAACUGCACUGUCACGCACAGCAAUACAGGAGAGCACAGGGGGGAAGACUCAGGUGGCAGGGUUAAUAUCAGCUCUGAUGGUGCUGAUAGUGAUUGUGGCUGUUGGGCCUCUACUUCAACCUCUACAGAAGUCAGUGCUGGCUGGCAUUGUCAUUGCCAACCUGAAAGGCAUGUUCAUGCAAAUCUGUGAUGUGCCCAUUCUUUGGAGGCAGAACAGGACAGACUGUUUCAUUUGGGUGUUCACAUGCAUUUCCUGCAUCGUCUUGGGGCUGGACGUGGGUUUGCUGACCGGUGUAGUGUUUGAGCUGGGCACUGUGGUGGUCAGGUCACAGUUCCCUACCUGUUCAACACUUGGAAAUGUACCUGGCACUGAUAUCUACAGGAAUUUCAAAGAUUACAAAAAUAUUAAUGAGAUUCCUGGAAUCAAGAUUUUCAAAUGUAACUCGCCCAUAUAUUUCGCCAACAUUGAUUACUUCAAGGAGCAGUUAAGAGCUACUGUAGGAUUUGAUGCAGUGCGGGUGUUUAAGAAAAGGAACAAAGCACUAAAGAAGAUUCACAAACUGAUCAAAAAGGGGAAGCUGAAAAUCACUGAGAAUGGGUUGGUGCCGGUGGCCCCUCUGGGUGUGGACAAUGAGGCCUUUGAGAGUGAGCAGGACCCUGAACACGUGGAAGGUGGGGCUCAGCAGGAAGUGGAGGAUGGGUCUCGACAGGAGAUUGAAGUGGAGGUGCAGGUGGACUGGACGUCUUCUCUGCCUGUGAACGUGACAGUCCCUAAAGUCAACAUCCACAGCUUGGUGAUGGAUUUCUCUGCUGUGUCCUUUCUAGACAUGAUGUCUGCAAAAUCUCUCAGACUGGUCAUAAAGGAAUUUAUACGCAUCGGAGUCAGUGUCUAUAUUGCAGGCUGUGACGAUGACACUGUGAGGAGGAUGGAGGCCCUGUGUUUCUUUGAUGACGUGGUGACCAGAGACCUGCUCUUCCUCACUGUCCAUGAUGCCAUCCUCUUUAUCAAGUUGGAAGCCUCCAAUGGGAACAUAUCAGACCCCAUGGUGGACAAGAUUUCACAGAUGCAGGAUGACAAAGAGCCACUUCCUUUUACUGAAGAUGAAGACCGGAUAGAGACUUACGAUAACCAGCACUUGGCCAUUCAUGGACUCUCAAACUGAUCCUGCACAAAUUGCUUUGGUUGUUGGGCUUACUGGUACGGCACAUGCAGUUUUCCUACUGACCUAAAGUAAACAGUUCUGGACAGUCUACAAUGCCUCAGAGGAUAUAAGUUAUGAUUGGAGGGAACUUCAGUUCUGGGUGGAGCAUCAUUAUCCUCUUCAAUGGUUAAAUAUAACAGAAUUAAGAAACAAAUCCAAUAAACACAUGAUCAUAUACUAACCACACUGCACUAGUUUAACACUUAGCUGCUGUCAUUAUUCUCUUGUGCAUUACAAACAACAAUAGAGGCAAAUUCAAGGCACGUUCAUCUCUUGGAGGGGCAGAGGAUCUGCAUAUAAACACUUUGUUUCCUUCCCUAUCAUACCCUCUCAUGACCUCUUAGAGCUGGGAGAGGGCCGGAGGACCUUGAAUAAACCCAGAGAGGAGCAACUGGGGCAUUUGUCUUUGUGUGGUCAACUCCUGCUGUUCAAUAUAAUGCUUUAAAUAAUGUGACAGUGGAAAGAUUUUUUUUUGCACUCACAUGAUCAUUUUAUGACAGUAUUGCACUCACCUUGAAUAUGUUUUACAUGUUUAAUGAUAUUCUGAGACUAAAGGCCAAAUUUGGUAAUAAAGAACUGAAGUUUAUGUGAA